GCUUCCCUGUUGCGGUUGGACGUUUGACCGCCGUGGUAUGUAUAUAGCAGAAGACUUAAACGACGAAUUUGAGAUCGACGUGGAAGAACAGAAUAAACAAUGGAGGAAAUAAAAAGCGAGCUCAAUGAUGCAUUCUCUGCGUCUUGCCCUUCCGGAGUUCCCCAAGAUGUCGCGGCGGAACUGCGAUCGAUUAUGCGGCUUCACUCAAUGUCUGCCCAAGAUUUAUCGUACAAGUGGGAUGCAUACUGCUUGAAGAUGGGAGCAGACGAGACAAUACUGAAUUUGGAUACUGUUAGAGGCCUGAAGAGAGAUGUCCAAGAUGCUUUGGAGCGCGAGAGCCGGGGGAAGAGCCAUAUGCGUGGAGCUGAUAAAAGAAAUGCUAUUUCAGCAACUCCUCGAGCUGCUGCUAAUACUCGGGAUGUUUUUGGGAUGCUCGAUGAUUUCACCUCAUCACCACAAGACAGAACUACGAAUGGUGCGAGUGCCAGCGCUGUGAAGAGGAAAGCUGCUUUUGAAAAUUCGACGGCAUCAAAGAUGGGUAGGGUAGAAAUGCGCACUGGAUCUCUCGUCGACUCCAAAACUCCAACGCGGCCAUCGAAUGGCGACCUUGGACGAAUACAAUCAACACCUUUCUCUGAACGACAAAAUAGUGGACAAGUAUUGGAGACGAUCAAUAGCCAUCUUUCACAGCCACAGCCUCCUAUAGCUCCGUACCCAAUCGAACGUAUAAAGCCCACCGCGAACACCGAUAUGAAGAAAUUUGCUUAUAAACCGAUGUCCAUGCAUUUAAACGAGGCAUCUGAAGUGCUAGAUAACAUGAUAGAUGAAUUUACGGAUAUCAUUCAAAAACAUCAUGGCUUGGACGAUACCGUCUUUGGCAGUGCAGCAAAUCAAAGUACCAAGGAGAUUAUUGCAGUGGGAAGAAUUGCUUCUGACAGCUUGGAGGGAAAACUGAAUACCGCAUCCUUGGUCUUGGAAACUUCGAGACGUACUGGUGCGGGUCUACGAGUUCCCUUGAAGGUGGACUCAUUGCCUUCGGUUCAGUUUUUCCCCGGCCAAAUUGUUGCCCUUCGAGGAAUAAAUGCUUCUCGAGAGUAUUUCACAGUAUUCGAAGUCCUUUCCACACCUCUGCUACCGCCAGCCGCAUCUCCACCCGCAGUAAUACAAUCGAUAAAUGACCGACUUGGGGACAACGAUGCAGAACGCGCGUUAAAUAUACUCAUAGCUUCAGGACCUUUCACGGCGGAUGAUAAUCUUGAUUUUGAACCCCUUAGAGCAUUAUGCCUCAAGGCGGGCGAUGAGUAUGCUGAUGCUUUGAUUCUAAUGGGACCGUUCUUGGAUCUGGAACACCCCCUUAUCGCAUCUGGUGAUUUUGACCUACCAGAUGUAAAGGGGCUUGACCCAGAAAAUGCGACCCUAUCAACAUUAUUUCGAUGCUAUAUAACCCCACUCCUAAAGCAACUUGUGUCUACAGUGCCGAGCAUAUGCAUUUUCCUCAUUCCUUCAGUUCGCGAUGCAGUCAGCAAACACGUCUCCUUUCCACAGGAAAGGCUGCCCAAAAAGGACCUCGACCUAUCCCAGACGAAGCAGGUUCGAACGGUUCCAAACCCAGUAACUCUGUCGCUUAACGAAAACGUGUUUGGAAUGUGCUCUCAUGAUGUUCUGUUUGAGCUAAGACAAGAGGAAGUGGUAGGAGGCAAACCUUCAGAGGGUGGGUUGUUAACCAGGUUAUCACGAUAUUUGAUCGAACAACGCCAUUUCUUGCCUGUUUUCCCCACGUCUGCAAGAGAAAACCUUCCAAAGUCUGGGGUCGAAGGUGGCCUCGCCACUGGCGCGAUGCUCGAUAUUAAUUAUUUGAAAUUGGGCGAGUGGUGGAAUGCGCGACCAGAUGUGCUCAUUACGCCUAGUAUAUUACCUCCAUUUGUCAAGGUAGUCGAGGGUGUCCUUGUCAUUAAUCCUGGCACACUGUCAAAACGAAAAGCAGCUGGAUCAUAUGCCCAAAUGACUUUGCAUCCGAGGACGUUCACUGAAGAAGAAAUGAAUGUGAAACAAGUUGGACACAAUGUCUAUGAACGGGCAAGAGUGGAUGUGAUUAGGAUCUAAGAAAAUUUCGGAAGUCUAUAAUAACGAAUGGGUGUCAUGGAUUACUAUUUUGGCGAGACCGGCGUUAGGGAUAAGGGUUCAUGCUUCCAAAUGGGUUAAUUCAUCACAUAAAUGCAAUUGCUCCAGGAAUCUAAAUAUUCCGCAUCAAACAAUUGGGUAUCGUAAGCGCAUAGAAGCUCCUCUUGACAAGAGCGUAACAAUAAAAACAACCCUUUCCCCCAUCCAAGGCUCCCGUCCACCCAUGAACUCCAGAGAUCAACAAUGCGAAAUAAAAACCAAACGCCUAUAAAGUGAGAACCAGAACAUCCACCCCAUCACAAAAAACAUUCAGGAAUCGCGUAAGUCUACCUUCUCAUCCAUCACCUUAGACACAUAACCCUCCUCGCCCCACUGCCACCAACACCGACACCACCGACACCACUAACAACCAAUCCACCUCUCCUAAUUCCCCCAGAGCCAGCGCCGCCCACCCCACCACCAGCGCCCACAAUAAUUCCAGCGCCCCUACUCCUUUCCGCCAACCUAGCCCCGCGCAUGAGCUCCUCCAGCGCCAAAUCCCUCCACACAACCUCCCGCCGCGAAUCCAUGGCGCGCGUAAUACCAAACACGGCAUGUUGGUCGGGUACAACGUCGUCCUCAUCCUCAGGGUUCACAGGCUGGUGUUGCGGGGCCACAUAGAUGUCUUCGACGGGGAGGAAAGAGUUGAUGGUGGCCGGGGUUGUUGAGGAAGGGUUUGUGGACGGAUUGUUGAUGAUGGUUGAUGCUGUAUUUGUUGCCGGGUUGGAGGAGGAGGCGCCGGCCCCUGCACCUGUGUUGCUGGGGAAGAUUGAGGUGUAGGGGCGGUUGAAGUCCUCGAACAGGUCGGCGAGGCGUGGGUGGUGGAAGUGGAUGUGGUUUGGGGAGGAGUCUUUGGACUGGUUUUGGAUCAUUGGGUGUUAAAAAACGGUUUGUUUGGGCCAUGUUCUUGAUAUCUGUGACAUACCAUCUUGACUGAUUCAACCAUUUACUUUUAAGAGUGCAAGUCAUUAGCUAUUGUAAGUCUGUCAAUUGGAGAU